AUGAAGAAACUCCGUAGUCUGCGCAUUUUUCUGUACAGUCCCAGAUGGCUGGUGGUUCUGGCCGUCUUGACCACACGAUGUGCAGCUGAGAUCAGGGCGCACCAACGCUUCCACAAAGAAAUCGGUGGCCUCCGCGCUGCUGUGGGGGCGGACGGCAGCGCCUCGCUCCACCGGAGCUCCCCCGAAGUGGUAGGAAGCAGCCACUCUCCGUUCUGCCAAGCUCUCUGCAAGAAGUCCGACGUCGAGAAGCAGGGGCUGACAAGAUGCAAGGAGUUGUUAGAGAAAGACUGCAGGUCCAUGCAGUACUACGCCAAGGGCCUCUAUGGGGAGAAGAGGCUCUGCCUCUGGCAGCCGAGGUGGGGGUGUUCCGAGGACUGGACGACCGCGUGCAUCUCCGAGCUGCCCUGCAACAGUUCGGGCCCCGAGUUGCCGGCGCUGUCUGCGUGCGAAGCACUCUGCUUCAAGACGGACGUGAAGAGCUUCGACUCGUCCUGCGCGAGCCUGUCGCAGCCUGAGUGUGACAGCGGGCAGUUCUACGAGACCGAUGCAAACGGCACCCGCAAGAUGUGCUCUUUCCGAAGCCCUGGAGUUUGUGACACAUCGCAUCAAGAGAGCUGUGAAGCAUCAGGGAAAAGCUGUCCUACCAGUACCAGUGCUGGAGAGAGUCCACUGGACGAAGUCAGCAACAGCUCGGUGGCCCUCUGCAGAUCCCUCUGCUACAAGACGAAUGUGGCGGUGACGAGCCUGUCAUGCCGAAGUCUGAGCCUGAGCCACUGCGCCAGUUCGCAGUUCUUCGAAACCGACGAUGCUGGGCUUCGCCGGCCGUGUGUGCCUCGGAAAGGAAGGUGCGAAAUGGACUCAGUGAACUUCUGCCCGGCUUGGCAGCCACUCUGUGUUGACACCUUUCAUGGUCAGAAGGUGCCCAUCCUCCAGACCGCCUCGGCCUCGGCUUCCGGGAGCAAAAAAGGCUCCACAGUGACGAGUCGCACAGAAACAACGACGAUGUCGACUCACACCUCGCCCAAGCCACACCCGAGCAGCGUUUCGAGACCCACUUCGACGAAUCAGCCCACAGAAAUGCAGGUAGGCGCAGCUAGCGACGACUCCCCGCCGCCGUUCUGCUUCACUCUCUGUCAGAAGACGGACGUCCGGAGCGUGAAUUCAUCUUGCGCCGCCCUCUCUCUGACAUCUUGUGCUUCGGAGCAGUUCUUCGAGACCGACGGUGACGGAAAGCGACGAGUCUGCAGACGACAGGCAGACCACUGCGAAGUCGAUCGAUCUGAGGUGUGCGACGAAUGGUGGCCCCUCUGUGAGAUAUCGCAUCACAGCGAGGCGGUUGUGAAGCUCCACUACGAGAGUGAUACGCCAGCUCCAUCUCCCGUCUCGGGCUGCUUCCUGUACUGCGACAAGAUUAACACCAGGAGUCGAAACCAGUCGUGCCACGAGCUUACCCAUGCAGAGUGUCACAGCGAGGUUUUCUACGAGACGGACCACGAGGGCAGCCGCCGAAUGUGCCAGCUAGUGAGUUCAGGCUGCGCCGGAAACGCCAAGACGCUCUGCGAGGCUUGGCAACCGAUCUGCGACGUCACUGUGCACGCUCACGUCCAUGCGCCUGCCCGUCCGCCCGUGGCGCCUUCCGACUCGCGGCUGGUGCGGUCUUCUCAAAAAGCUUCGGCAUCUUCGCCGGAAACCACCUCGAUGGCUCCGUCUAAGGGUGAACUUGCCUCGAUGUCUCCGGCGGCGAAAGCUUCGAUGGCUCCGCCUCCGCCCGCGUCCAUGGCCCCACCGGCGACGGACGGUGCAGCCAUUGUCAGGGCCCUGCAUGGCGAAGCGACCAGCAAAGCGCUCGCUGGGUCUGUCGCAGCUCUUCUCGUUGCUCUGAGCUGA